GUUCAGUAAACAAAUAUAUAUGAUGGCUGCCAAUGACAGCAGAUGUCAAGCUAGCUAACUGACGUAAAAUAACUUUGAAAUAGACUUUUCAUGGUGCGUUUGUUCAUUUAGUUUAGUUUCAAAUUGCUUAUCGUUAGUUUGCUCAUGCAUAUUAGCGGGGAACCUAGCUUCCUUAACGGUAUUAAAGUGACAGUAUAGGCAGCGUAACUUGUUAAGUUAGAACCGCAGAAUAUUUACAAAAUGUCUGGACCAAAUGGAGACCCAGACAUGUCGAUUGACGAAGGUAUUAUCAACGACGAAGAUGAUUUCGGCGAUGAGGAAGAGUAUGAAGCCAUCAACUCCAUGCUGGACCAGAUCAACUCCUACCUCGAUGACCUGGAAGAACGAAAUGAUUCACUGAACGGCAAACUGCAUGAACUAAUGGAGUCAAACCGGCAAGCCCGGCAGGAGUUCAGGGCCCAACUGCUCAGCCCCACGACCGAGGAGGAGAAGUGUCCCACAGACGGGGACUCCUCCUCCGCCUCCACACCCAGCAAGGAAGACCUGAAGGAGGACAGUGGGGAUGGCAAUUAAGCGACAUGAAGGAGGAUUGAGGAAAUGCAGGGAUAGAAAUAUUUAACUCAACUCCUCUAACGUGUGUCUGUUGGACUGGUGUACCUUUAUCUGCGUCAUACGCGCCUGUUUGAUUCUUCUUCCCAUCAGCAGAUGUGUGUGUAACCGUGAUAUUUUGAUCCCAGAUUACUGUCAUAAAAUCAAACAUGCUGAUUAUCCAUGGUGACACCCCGUGAUCUUCUUGUCCUCACGGCCAAGUGUAGGUCACAGUGGAGCUUGUGUGUAGUGUGUUGAUGUAUGUAGUGCUGACAUUCAGAUCUGUAACAGCUGUACAGUCUCUACUCCUGUUUGUAUUAGCCCAAAUGGUAAAUUAUGCAACAUUCCAGGUGUCUAUCAGUGUAUUAUAAUAUAUAAUUGCAAAUCUAAAGUGUGUGCUGUCCUGUUCGUUUGCAUCUGUUGCGGGCUGAGAAGUGCUAAAAAAAUUGAGUCAACACAAAUUGUGGGAAUUGUCAGACAUUUUAAUAUAAAUUAAAAUGACCCCCCCGCCCCAAACAAAAAACAAACAUCCAAAAAUACAUUAAACUUCCAGCAGUUAGAAAACAUCACCUGUUUGUUCAUCUCAAUUUGUCAGUAGCUGAAUAAAAAUACAAUAAGAAACAUA